AUGAGGCUCUUAUACACGGGAGGCCAGGCCAUGCCCAUGAUCGCCAGCAGCCCCACGAGACGACCGUAUCUCAUCGACACGUUAGCGCUGGUGCGGCGGCUGGAGGCGGAGGGGCUGACGGCGCGGCAGGCGGAGGCGAUAACGCAGCUGAUCGCGGAGGUGCUGCACGACAGCCUCGACUCCGUCGCACACACCUUCGUCUCCAAACCCGACCUCAACAAGUCGGAAAUGGUGGCGGAAGCAGCCCUGGUGAAGCUCAAGGCGGAAGUGCAGAGCACGCUGGACUUGAAAUUCGCGGCGUUGCAGAGGGAGGUGGAGGGGCUCAAGAUUGGCGUGGACAAGGUGAAGAGCGAGAUACGAUACGAAGUGGACAAGGUGACGGCGGGGCAGAGGCUCGACCUGAAUCUUGAGAAAGGGCGGGUGAAGGAGGAGAUGAACGUGCAACUACAGGAGAUGAAUAUCUUGUCAAAUAAGCUGGAUAAGGAAAUAAACAAUCUGAAGACACAACUUGAAGCAGCGAAGUUUGAAAUUAUUCGGUAUUGCAUAGGUACAUUGGUUUCCAUCAAGCCCCUCACAGAGCCCCUCACAGAGCCCCUCGCGGGAGCCCCUAGCCUCACUGGGGCCCUCCAUACGCUCCCCCUUGACACGGCGGUACCUGCUGGCGUUCCCAAGGAUUCUACACUCGAUUCGGGAUACACACAGCAGCACUGCUACGCGCUCAACAGCGCGGAAUAUGACACACGCGUCUCCCAUGCCUCCCAAUCUCACACCCCCUCUCCACUCACCUCCUCUCCGUCCCCACGUUUCGUUUCCGGCCCCCACUCCCAUGGCCCCCACUUCCAUGACCCCCACUCCCAUGACCCCCACUCCCAUGACCCCCACUCCCAUGACCCCCACUCCCAUGACCCCCUCUCACUCUCCCGACGCCCACCCCACCCCCCCUUCUCAGAUCGCUCUCCCCGCAUCGCGAAACACUCAGCGUCCCCCGUCCCCCCCUUCCCCCCCACCACCACUCCACCCGCUCCUGCGACUCGCAUCGCCCACUCUCGCCCCCGCGUGCUGCUCUCCACCGCACCUGGCGGUGUGAGGGGCAGCACUGAGCAGCCACCAGGGCUUGGCGCGCAGCACAGCUGGGUGCAGUCAAUAUCCCAUAUCUCUUGCUCGCUCUCUUCCAACUCCACUCGCCUCCUCUCCACGCUCACCUGUCGUUUGGAGCCCCACUUCCCUCUCUCCCCACUUCCCUCUCUCCCCACUUCCCUCUCUCCCCACUUCCCUCUCUCCCCACUUCCCUCUCUCCCCACUUCCCUCUCUCCCCACUUCCCUCUCUCCCCACUUCCCUCUCUCCCCACUUCCCUCUCUCCCCACUUCCCUCUCUCCCCACUUCCCUCUCUCCCCACUUCCCUCUCUCCCCACUUCCCUCUCUCCCCACUUCCCUCUCUCCCCACACCCUCGAUGCCCACCCUGGUCUUCCAGAUCCCUCCCCUUCAUCUACCCCUUUGCAGCUGGUGGGGAUCUCUCCCCCUCAACUACCCUGCGCAGCUGGUGGGGGUGACAAGAGGCGGGGUGAGUGCAGUGACCAGAGCUGUGCGCGCAUGGGAGGAAGGUGGGCAGGGGAGACACGGCCUUCCGCCACUGCCAGCAGGUCGUGGGCACGUGGAGGUGCGUGAGUGCGUGUGUGUGCCCCAGAAAACUCACCACCAAGCACUCUACCUCUUUUGCUCCCUAAUUCUCACCCCCCCUCCUCGUUCAACUCCCGGUCCCUUGUUCCCUCCUCACCUCUCCUCACCUUCCUUCAUCUUCCCUCACCUCUCCUCACCUUCCUUCAUCUUCCCUCACCUCUCCUCACCUUCCUUCAUCUUCCCUCACCUCUCCUCACCUUCCUUCAUCUUCCCUCACCUCUCCUCACCUUCCUUCAUCUUCCCUCACCUCUCCUCACCUUCCUUCAUCUUCCCUCACCUCUCCUCACCUUCCUUCAUCUUCCCUCACCUCUCCUCACCUUCCUUCAUCUUCCCUCACCUCUCCUCACCUUCCUUCAUCUUCCCUCACCUCUCCUCACCUUCCUUCAUCUUCCCUCACCUCUCCUCACCUUCCUUCAUCUUCCCUCACCUCUCCUCACCUUCCUUCAUCUUCCCUCACCUCUCCUCACCUUCCUUCAUCUUCCCUCACCUCUCCUCACCUUCCUUCAUCUUCCCUCACCUCUCCUCACCUUCCUUCAUCUUCCCUCACCUCUCCUCACCUCCACUCAUCUCCGCGCAUCGCUCCUCAUCUUGUGUCAUAUCUCUUCUCCCAGAGAGCAUCUUUACAGUACCCCGUCAUUGUCCACCGACAUUUCCACCUUGCAUGGCCCUCCGCCUCAUUCUCUCGUCCUUCUGCGCUCUCUUACGCCCGCGCUUCCUUUCCCCCAGGCACUUCAACCUGGGAUGGACAUGGGCUCUCUCCGUCCCUCCACCGUCUUCUCAUCCCGCUAAGACCACCACCGCCACCACCAAAUCCGCUCUCUCCCCUCCUCCUCCUCUUUCCUCUUCUCGCCUCGCAUCUGUGGGCGAUGCCGUGUGUGUGGCAGCGCGCUCCCUCUUCCUCACCCCCCCAUGGACCAUGAACCCCCUUAGAGUCAUUUUCUCCGACUCCUUUCCUCCUCUCCCUGCUCCUCCUCUCACACCCACCACGGCACCCACCCGCUCGCACCCCACCGCCACCACCAUCACCCUCUCCUCCUCCGCUGCCUCUACAAGCCCUGAGUCUGGCCGCAGCAUGGGCACGCCACCACCAGGCAUCUCGCUCACAGCAGCAUGCUCUGUGGGCAGUGGCACGGUCCAAGGCCACUUCCUGGAGGGGGAAGAGCGGUUUCUGGUGGGCAUGGACGGCAACAAGGAUGUGUGGUUCGAGAUCCUCUCCAUAUCACGCCCCGCCAACCCACUCGCCCUUGCCUUCUCUCCUCUCGCAAGGUUCAUGCAGCGUAGAUUCGCUCAAGAUGCCAUGGGCUCGCUUAGAGGGCUCUUGCAGAACGAGACUGCUAGUUUGGAGGGGAAGUGA